AUGUUUCUCAAUAAUAUCUAGCCGGUUGCAUCUGUCUGUUAACAUUGCACGAACCUGUUAGUAUCGAUUGGUGUCUGGAUGCCGGUGGUCAGACAUUUAAAACAGUGACGGACAAUUUGAAGUGAAUAUAAAAUCGAUUUCGGUUUUUCUUUGGUUUUUUUUUAAUUAUGAAUCAUAAAAUUUUACUUGUGUUUUUAAUUGUAUUAAGCUGGGAAUACAAUAGCUAUGCCAGAGAAUUUACGUCAUGCAAGUUUCAAGACACAAUUGAUUUAAGACUAGCCCAUAGAUUCCCCAAUGGAUCGUAUUUUUACGACAAUAAAAUAUUCAUAACGGCCAAACAAGUUCACAUUUAUGAUUAUAAAGAGCUGUUCGAUGGUCGACGUGUUGCAGUGGAACCACAUCCCCGUGCCUGCAUUUGUAAUGCGGAGAACAACUGUCUUAGAUUUUGUUGUCAACAACCUGUACGGGAGUAUAUAACAAACUUAAGCUUUGGUUGCGAAGAAUCACAUAUUGAUUUGCCCUAUACUGCCCAUCAUAAUAUCACCUAUGGAAAUGGCUCAAUCAUCAGCAGAGAUGUAACUAAAGAUUUCAUAUUAACAUCGGGUAUACCCUGUCAAAAUGCCUAUGCUCUGGAUCUUGUGGGAGGUGCUCAAUGGCAGUUAUAUGCCAAUGGUACGCUGUCCAUAUUUAAUGGAGAACUUCAUUUGGAAAGGAGACACUAUUGUAUGGCCUUUGCACCAAAAGAGAAUGGUAAAGAAAAGAUUUUAACGCCUAUGCUAUGCCCAGUGGCGGUGGAAAAUGAGGAGAUAACAUUGGAAGUGGUUAGCAGCGUUGCCGGCAUCAUAACAACUCUCUUUAUAAUUGCCACCGUGCUUGCCUAUGUUCUACUUCCAAAUUUGCAAAACUUCCAAGGAAAACUUUUAAUAUGUUUCCUAGUGUGUCUGGCUGUGGGCAGCAUAACCUUGAGUAUUAUUGCCUUGCCAAAUGUGGUACUACCACAUUUCCUAUGCGGUUUCAUUGGUUAUAUCGCCUACUACUUCCUGGUGGCCUCCUACUUUUGGUUGAAUAUAAUCUCUUACAAUAUGUUCAAGAAACUACACUUAUCUAGUGGAGAUCUGGAAAACAAAAAACCAUUUAUUUUCUAUGCUGUUUAUGCCAUGGGCCUGCCUCUUUGUCUUUCUCUCAUACUGAUAAUAUUGGAAAAUUCAAAUAUUGGCCUUGAUUACAAGUCUGGGAUUGGUGGAGAUUUUUGUUGGUUUAGUCCAACUAAUUGGUCUGCACUGACUUAUUUGUUCGGUCUAAAUGCCAUUCUGCUAUGUUUGGAUAUUUCAUUCUAUAUGGUGGUGAUUAUAACACUAAAAUCAUCGCUUAAGUUGAACCCGGAUUCCAAGCAGCAUUUUCAACAACUACAAUUUGCCCAACGUUAUGGCCUGUUACUACUUGUCAUGGCUCUGGUGUGUCUAAUCGAUACCGUCACAAAUAUUAAAAGUGUCCAUCAAUCAUCAGAUGAAAAUUUUUGGUUCUAUUUAUCAAGUUUUGUUAGUGCCAUUUUUGGUUUCGUAAUAUUUUUAAUAUUCGGACUGGGUCCUCUUAGACAAUGGAGACAUCAACGUUUGUGCCUUCGCAGUGGAUAUAUUCCUGAUGACACGACUACAAAUGAUUUUGAAAAUAUUGAGAUUUCUACAAAGGAAUUUUCUUGAAAUUGUACGUUACGAUGUUGUGGAAUUUAGUUAUAAGAAUUUUCUUCAAGCGCGA